UAUAUAUCCAAAUCCAACACAAAAAUUCCUCAACAAAAAGAAUAUAUCUAAAAAGAGCUCUCCAACAAUGGCUAAUCAGUCGCCGGAAUUCGCCGGAGACGCAACCCUCGACGGUCACCCUCAUAUUGGCCUAAUCAACACCUUCUGCGAGAUUACCGCCUGCGCCUCCAAACCCGAAGCCCUAUUUUUCCUCGAAUCGCACAAUUUCGAUGUGGACGCCGCGGUCUCAACCUUCAUAGAAGACGCUAAUCACAUCGAGCCCGCUGCAGCCGCUCCGGCUUCCCCCGCGGCGCAGUCGAAUUCUCACUAUUCGCCUUCGGAGUCGCUGUCGCCGUCGCCUUCCCGGUCGCGAUCCCAUUCGCCGCCACCUACUUCCCGACCGUAUAGUCUCCACUCCGCCGGUAAAAGUGGUGCUGGCGGCUCGGCUGCUGGAGGCGCGAGACGUGGAGGCGGUGGAAUUAGGACUCUCGCCGAUCUGAAUAAAAACCCUAAAAAUGAGGAUUCUGAUAGUGAUCCCGAUUUCGAUCCUCAAGACUACUACACUGGCGGAGAAAAGAGUGGAAUGCUUGUUCGUGGUCCACCAAAGGAGAAUAAUGUGGACGCAAUAUUCAAUCAAGCAAGACAAUCAGGAGGUGUAGAAGCAGCAGCUGAACACCAGUUGCCUUCUUCGAGCUCAAGAAGCUUCGCUGGGACGGGAAGGUUACUCUCUGGGGAGGUGUCGUCUGCUACCCCAGAGCCAGAGCAGCCUCAAAUUGUUACCCACAACAUCACUUUUUGGAGAAAUGGAUUCACAAUUGAUGAUGGACCACUGAGGAGGCUGGAUGACCCUGCCAACGCCCCCUUCUUGGAGAGCAUUGCAAAGUCCGAGUGCCCAAGGGAGCUUGCACCCGCUCCCGGAGAUAUGAGGUCUGCUGUUCAUGUUAAUCUUACAAGGAAGGAAGGAGACUACAAGGAGCCACCGAAAAAGAGCCUUCCCUUCCGAGGUGUUGGAAGAACUCUAGGUAGCACCAGUGACACAGCAGCGCCAGUGGAGGCGGGCAGCGUUCAUACUGUGUUGGCUGCUGCUCCCACGCCAUCCCCUGGCCUGGUUGUUGAUCAGGGGCAGCCUUCCACGUCUAUCCAGCUGAGGUUGGCAGAUGGUACACGCAUGGUUUCACGAUUCAACAACCACCACACGAUCAGGGACAUCCAGGGCUUCAUUGAUGCAUCGAGACCUGAUGGACCAAGGAAUUAUCAGCUGCAAUCCAUGGGCUUCCCUCCCAAACAGCUUGCUGAUCUGGACCAGACGAUAGAUGAAGCCGGAAUUGCGAUGUCUGUCGUGAUCCAGAAACUAUAGCCCCGGUAUGAUAAUUGGCAGGGUUAUCUACUACAUAUAUCUUAAGAAAACAGAUGAUGGUCUUAUAUUACCAAUUACUCUACUUCUUGAUUAGCCAUUUAUAUUCCCAUUGAUUUUAGUUUUAUUUGGUCGAAA